UAUAACCAUUGGUAAAGGCGAAAGCUAGUUAGGAGUGCAGAAGUAUUUUCCUACUGAACAAUAAGAAAUUUCGAAAUUCUUUUCAAACUUUAGAAUACUCAAAUACUUUUUGAAAUUCAGUAAUUUGCAUAAGAAGACUUUUUGUGACUCAUUUCUUUCAUUCUUCGGAAGUUCGAAGGCGGGUGAAUUUCUACAGUAAAAUAAUUUUUUUAGAAAUUCAUUGUGAAGGAAGUGAAUGGUUACAAUGUCAGCGAGUACUUGUGAAUAUCUACCUGUUGGCCAACUACAUGAUGAUGAAACUGUGAAGAACGAAAGCGAGACUAGGUAUAGCGAUGGUUCAGUGAAGUUGAGGAAUCCGAAUAUCGAACUGAUGGAUCAGGACAUUCUGUACCACUUAGCUCUGGGUAGUGGUUCCCACGAUCUGGUCGAGAUGUUCGGUGAUGUGAAGUUCGUGUGUAUGGGAGGAACUCCGAAACGUAUGGAGAACUUCGCUUGGUACAUAAUGAAGGAAAUAGGACACAAGCUAGCAGCUGGUACAACUUUACUGGACAUCAGUCAGCAUUCAUAUCGCUAUUCAAUGUAUAAAGUCGGUCCAGUUCUCUCUGUCAGUCAUGGAAUGGGAAUUGCGUCGAUAGGUAUUCUGCUACAUGAAAUUAUAAAACUCAUGUAUCAUGCAAAAGUACGUGAUCCUAUGUUCAUCAGGGUUGGUACGUCAGGAGGAAUUGGAUUAGAUCCGGGCACGGUCGUAAUAUCGGAGGAGGCUGUCGAUGGUAUGCUCAAGCCAUACUUCGAACAGCCAGUGCUGGGUAAAAUGACCCGACGACCAGCCAAGUUGGAUAAAAAGUUGGCUAUGGAAUUACUAGCUCUCGCUAGUAAUGAAGAUCCUUACGAUACUGUAACUGGGAAGACAAUGUGCACUUCUGACUUUUACGAGGGCCAGGGACGUUUGGAUGGUGCUUUCUGUGAUUACACUGAGCAGGAUAAAGUCGACUACCUCAACAAAUUGCACAAGAAUGGUGUUAUUAACAUUGAGAUGGAGUGCACUGUGUUUGCUGCGCUUACCCAUCAAGCUGGCAUCAGAGCUGCGAUCGUUUGUGUUACCUUCUUGGAUCGACUGAAGGGUGAUCAGGUGAAUUCUCCUAAAGAAGUAUUAGAAGAAUGGCAGAAGCGACCGCAGGAACUUGUGGCUCGGUACAUCAAGAAAUAUCUACAGCAUAAAGGACGAUUAUGCUUGGUAGGCCAUGGCUCAAUGUGCGUGAAGAGUCCACGCCGAUUCAAGCUCGUUCAACAAGAGUCCGAGAAUUACGAUUAAACUGCCCCAACGAGGGUCGCCCAAAACUCAUGAAAUAAAUCCGUUUAUUUUUCUUAUAUCGAUCAAGAUAUCGAUGGAACAAUUUUUUCGUUUUAUUAUGCGAAUUAUUCAAUUGCAUAACCUGAAAUGACGAUGAUCAAUGAUGAUGUUCUAACCUUUUUUUAACAUUUUAUUUCUGAAACUAAAUAAAUAGGAAAUUACUUUUACGAAAGACCAGAAAUAUCACGGCAUUCAGAGCUGUCACAAUUGAGCCAGAAGUUGAUGGUUUUGAAUAGCAUACUUAACCGAGGCUCAAUCACCAUGUUCAAGUACAAAAAACAAAAAAGAGAAACAAUUUUUUAAAAAAUCGUGUUACUGACCAUUCUCGGCCACAUAUCCAAUAUUUUUUAUCCGUUUGUUAAGAGCGAAUUGCAAAGAUAUAUAGGAGUUAGAAAUGGAUAAAUGGGAAUUAUCAGGAUCAGAUUGUCUGAUUUUUUUGCUUUAAUUCAGAUCCUGCACUUUUGGCCUUUUUCAUUUAUCUUUUUGUGUCGAAUUCGAUUUUUUAUCAAUUGCAGAUCCUUUUUGGAUUGCUUUGAACAAUCCAAAAGGAGUUUUUAGUCGUUUGACAUUCCUUUUUGGAAUGCCUAACGACCAAAAACAUUAUCAAAUGGAGUUUUAAAAAUGUAUAAUUCAAGAUUAAAAAUAAGCGGUAGCUGAUUAGGCUGAAGUUUACGACGUUUGUUAUGAGAUGACGCAACUAGUGUCGGUGGCCUACGCAAGUUUUUACGCAUUAAAGAACAAAUAGUGAGGUAGAAACUCUGUUUCCCUUAUUCGUAAAUGAAUUCUGUAUUAACUUGUUCAUUAUCUUGAUCGUUUCCUUCAUUCUAAUUUCGACCAAUCAGAUUGCGGUAUUCGACGUCAUAUGGCAACUUCACAUUAGUAUUAUUUUAAUAAUGCUGCACACGCCUAUCAAUUGUUUUUCCCGUCAUUUGAUAGAUAUUUCCCAUAUAUUCAUGCCAUGUUUCCCCAUAAACACUGCUCUCUGAUCGAACGAAACUAGAACGUAAAAAAAUAAUCACGAAUAAUCCUCCGAGAUAUUAAAAAUAAUGGAGUAUUUCCCGAUAGCUGCAAAUAAGCAAAUAGUGUUAAAGUAAGUUUCACAAGAAAAAAAACUACCGGAUACGCAACGCGAGAAAUUUUCCAGCACAUUUGCCACGUACCCAAUUAUUUUGAAACUCGAGGGGUACUUGUUGGAUUAUUUUUCACGAAUGCAUUGCGAUUAGUUAGCGUACAGUAGUUGAAAUCACAAUUUCGAGAAUAAAUAAAGAGUUAGUGUAUAAUAAGCGAAAGCCAGUGUGCAUUAAGUUUUUCGAUGAGACCCUGAAACUGUAAAACUGGAUUUCAAUCUCCAAAGCGGCGGAUCUCUCUCAUUGCUAUGGAGCAAAACUAUCGGGAAAUUUCCGAUAACUUUGAAGAUCUCGGAAUAAUAUAGCCGAUAAUGGAUUAAAUAAUUUAUAACAAGAUAUCGGAAUUCCUUCUCUCUCAGGAUGAGAACUCUCUGUGUGUCGGUUGCACCAACUUCGGUCAUCUAAAUCCUCUGUUAAAAGUCAGGAUAAAUUGUAAAAUAAUCUAAUGUUAAUUUCGAACCUGAAUACAAAGUCAAUCAAAGAAGACUACCAAAUGGAAAGGAAAGACUACUCAAAAUGACUAAUAGUGUUUGGGGUAACCGGCCCUAGAAAGAUAGUAUUUUGGCGAUUUCGACUCAAAUUAUAGAUUACUGAGAGAGCAUUGAUUCAUGAUAUUUACUCCUUCAGGGCAUAAAUGAGAUGUCAUUACCUUGUUAUUGUGAUCUUAAAUAACAAUGAAAAUUAGUGAAUAUAUUGAGUGCACUUGCAGCUUCUCCGGUGCCAUGAGAAUUUAAACAUUCAUUAUUUCAAAUGUUAGAAAUAGCUGAUUCACCAUUCCAACACAAUUCCAAAUAUUUAUCUUUUAUUUUAAAAAUUUCCUAAAAUUCUGAGAAUGUAAUAAAUGAUUCAAUAACUAAAAAUGUAAUAUUUUGUGGCGAAUUAAAAAUGAAUUCCUCAAAUAAAAUUAUUCCUAUCAAUAUUUUAUCUCUAAAUAUUGAAUUAUAGAUGUAGCUACAGAAAAGAAAAAUCAAAAAAUGAAAAUUCAGCUUUCGAGCUAACAUAAAAUGUUGUGGAGACAAUUAACGACGAACAAUUUGGGUGCUUUAUAUAACUAAGAAAUUAAACCACAGGAGGAAGAAGAUUAUAAAAAUUCUUCAAAAUGAGAUAAAUUGUUAAUCGUGAUAUUGUGCAUUGUCUUCUCAUAAAAUAAAUGUUUGUUGAGCAUA